CGGAAGCGACCACGACGCCGGGCUACGCGAUCUCUUACGUGGCAAGCGGUGCCACGUACUCCAGACUCUUCUCCGUUCCUUCCCGAGGAUAAGACGUGCUCCUCCGGUGCGCGCACCGCGGGAACUCCAACCCGCGUGAUUUCUUCGAACGAGUGGUGGGUGGUCCAGGGACGGGGGACGAGCGGCGUCGAGGGGGCAACCGGCAUUUCUCUAGCCACGAUGCCGAUCCUGUCGCACGCUGGGUCCGUGGUCUUCGCUCGGCCUGGUCGUCGGAUCACGAUCCGACGGCGGUGGGCGCCGGAUAGAAGGUUGCGGUGGCUGGUGACCUCGGCAUGGGCGAUGAAAAAAGAUGUGGCCCGAGGAGGCUACGGAUCAGAGGGGAGAGGACGACGAUGGUGCCGUUGGGGAUGGGAUGCUGUGAUCAUCACGUGGGCAUGGGGCGGAUGGAAUGUAGAGAGACGGGUGGGACAGGGAUAGGCAUGCUUGGCCUUGAGGGGGGAUGUCCUUGGACAUCCAUCUUUGAACCUGGACUAGGAAGAAUACCUGGCUGCCGAUGGCUCAGAAUAAGGAUGAGUAUGAUGGGCGUAAAAAUGGUACGUCUUCUGCUGCUGGUUCGUCCGCAUCUCAACUAGUUGUAAUCUGAUCCACCAUGACUCAGAACAUGCUGCCUAAUUACAAUGAGCAUGAGAAAACUAUUUCUGUAAGCAAAUCAUGUAGUAGUUUACAUCUACCUGUGUCUGCUAAUCCUGUGUGUCGUAGGGUUGUGAUGGUGUUGCCUCUACUGUCAAGUAUUAGGGAGUGGAAUGCAAAGAUUAAGAGACAUAGAAAGAAGUAACAAACAUCACAAACACGAUUCCCCUGUUAAGAAAGAGAUCCAUGUCGCAGGACUUGCUAAAGGUCAGGGAUGAUGAAGACUGAUGUUAUCAUGGUUCUGUUGUUGGGUUCUGAUUUGGUUUUGGGGACUUGGGGUUAAUCUUUUGGUGCAUAUGGUUGUCUUAUACAUGAACACAAUCAAAUUCUGGGAGUCUUGCGUUUAUUUAUCCUACUUUUGAUCAUGAUAUCAUCUUUUGAUACUCUAAAAAGGAGAACAUAAAUGAGAUAGGUAACAUUCUGGAUGAGGUCAAAGCAAACAGAAACUUUUGAUGGCAUCUCAAAGAACACACAAGGAUCAAAAUGCAAAUACUAAGAUCGAAUCUCUUGUUGUUCAAACAAUCACCAUUUCAUUUUAGGUUGCACACCAAGAUUGAUGAUCCCAAGUUUUGACUUCUAUCAGCUGUUCAUUUGUCACUUCGGUAGGCUUCCUGAAUCAAAUUUCCAUUGAGUCAAUUUACUUCUCAUGGUUUAAAGCAAACUCCAGCUGCAGAGUCAAAGACGGAAGUUGCAAUUCUCUUCCUGAGUUCCUGUUGCAGAGUCAAUUUACUUGUUGUUGGCGUUCUGAGCUAAAUUGUUCUCAUCAUGAAGACAAUGGCAGGUCUUCACUUCCUGGAAGCCUCUGCUUUCUUGUUUCCGAUCUUUCUACAUUCAUUCAAAUGAUCGAUCAGGUCAGAACCUUCUUGGUUGGUCAAUGCCAGCAAUCAAGUGGGGCAUGCCUGGAUCAGUAUGUUGGACUAAUCCCUUGCUCUGCUAUGAGAAGAGUCCAAUAAGGCUGCUAUGAUCAAAGUGAGGACAUGGUGCAGGGGUCAUUUUGCUUGUCAUGCACUCUUCUUGCACUGUCUUCUUGUGACAAUCUGUGGUUUGAUGUUCUGAGACCAGUCUAACAGUUUGGAUUCUUCUUUAGCAUUUGUGAACAAAACAGGGCAAGUUAGCACCCACCAACUACAAUUUGAUCACUGCUUAAAUUAUGGAGUUCAAAAUCUGCAAGCAGUUUCAAGUCCCUUCAUAGAGAGGAAAGAAAGCAAAAAGAAGAAAUCCUAGCUAUCUACUUGCAAGAAUCUCAAAUGCAUAAAGGUUCACAAAAAGAAGCUGCAGACUGAUGGUGAGGCUACUACCGUACGUUGCAAUCUUCUUGUUAUCAUCUCUAUCUCUUCUACUGCUUGGUGCUUCAGAUGACAGGCUCACUCCCGGGGAAUUCAUCUCCCUGAAUGAGACUUUGGUCUCCGAUGCUGGAGAAUUUGUGUUCGGCUUCUUCUCUCCUACAAAUUCCACUGGUGAUUUCUAUGCUGGGGUGUGGUACAACAUCCCUCAGAGGACGGUCAUAUGGGUUGCCAACAGAGAGCAGCCGAUCAAUGAUUCCUCUGCGACUCUUCGAAUCUCUGAUGACAGCAACCUCGUCAUCAUGGACUCAGAAGGAGGCAUCUUCUGGUCAUCAAAUUUAUCAGGCUUUGACACACCAGGCAAUGACACAGCAGCAGUGCUGCUCAACUCAGGAAGUCUGGUUCUUAGAGCAAACAGUCAUAAUAUAUUGUGGCAGAGCUUUGAUCAUCCUACGGACACCUUCGUUCCAGGUAUGAAGAUCCAGUACAAUUUCGGCAAACACUCAGCCAGGUACAUUACAUCUUGGAAGGACGCAAAUGACCCCUCACCAGGGAAUUUCUCCCUUGGCAUUGGUUCCAGCACUGCUGCCCAGCUCCUGAUUUGGUCGGGGACAAAGCCCUACUGGAGAAGCCAAGUGUGGAUUGGGAAAAUGUUCACUGGAUUACGAGCAAUCAACACCACCGCUGUGGCAUACUUAACAGUGCUAGAAGAUGAUGAUGAGAUCGGCAUCACAUUAAGUGUCUCAGAUGCAUCAUUGUAUAUUAGAUACACAUUAAACAAUUUAGGACAGAUUGAGUUACUGAUUUGGGAUAAUAGUUCCAAGAAUUGGACAAAGUAUUCAUCUGUGCCAAAUGACAAGUGCGAAACAUAUGGCUGGUGCGGUCAAUUCGCGUAUUGUGAUAGUACUGAAUCAGUGCCAGCAUGCAAAUGUAUGGAAGGAUUUAAGCCCAAGGUUCAGAGUGACUGGGAGAAUGGGAACUUCUCAGCUGGUUGCACCAGAAAGAAGGCAUUGAGGUGUGGUGAUGGUGAUGGAUUUCUGAGAGUUGAAGGCAUGAAAUUGCCAGACCAUGUUGUGUUUCUUAGGAACAGAAACAUCGGAGACUGCAGAACUGCAUGCCUAACCAAUUGUUCCUGUACAGCUUAUGCUUAUUCUGAUGUGACAACGGGAAACGAAACGUUCUCAGGGUGCUUGAUUUGGGUGGGAGAGUUGAUAGAUACUGAGAUGGUAAGCAGUGGUGGGGAGGAUCUCUAUUUGCGCCUAAUGGAUAUUAGUUUAGGAACAGCAGGAAGCAAGACGAAGACUAGGAGGAUAGUAAUUAUAGUAUCUCUUUCUGCGAUUAUCGUUUCUUUGGCCUGCAUCUUUAUCUUAUGGAAGUUCAGUGAGGGUUUAGGUGUAUUCAAGGAUCGAAAGAAAGGAAAUCUACUAAGUGAUCUGAGCUCAGGGACAGACUUUGCAAACAACAUCUCUGGCUCGAACGAAUUCAUAGAAAGGCAGCCUCAUCAAGGUCCAGAACUUCCGCUAAUUGGUUUUGAGAACAUACUCUUUGCCACAAACAAUUUCUCCGAUUCAAAUAAGCUGGGACAAGGAGGUUUUGGCAUAGUUUACAAGGGAAACCUACCAGGAGGACAAGAGAUUGCUGUUAAAAGACUCUUGAGAGGAUCUAGGCAAGGUUUGGAGGAGUUCAAAAAUGAGGUCAUUUUGAUUGCGAAGUUACAGCACAGGAACUUAGUCAAGCUUCUUGCUUGCUGUAUCCAUGGGGAAGAGAAGCUACUGGUCUAUGAGUACAUGCCCAACAAAAGUUUGGAUUUCUUCCUCUUUGAUUCAACACAGAAAGCAAAGCUUGACUGGGGAAAGCGAUUCAACAUAAUCAAGGGGAUCGCUCGAGCACUUUUGUAUCUACACCAGGACUCGAGGCUUCGUAUAAUUCAUCGGGAUCUUAAAGCCAGCAACAUUCUGCUGGACGCAGAGAUGAAUCCAAAGAUAUCUGAUUUCGGCAUGGCAAGGAUUUUUGGUGGCAACCAGGAUGAAGCAAACACAAACAGAGUCGUCGGAACAUACGGUUACAUGUCUCCUGAGUACGCAAUGGAGGGCCUCUUUUCCGUGAAGUCUGAUGUCUACAGCUACGGAGUGCUCUUGUUGGAGAUUGUGAGCGGCUUUCGGAACAGCAGCUUUCACUUAAUGAUGGACUUCCCAAACCUUCUAGCUUACGCAUGGGAACUCUGGAACGAAGGCAAGGCGAAUGACUACGUCGAUUCAUCCAUCGCCGACACAUGCUCUCCGACCGAGGUGUUGAGAAGCAUCCAUGUGGGCCUCCUGUGCGUGCAAGAUAGCCCGAACGAUCGGCCAGCCAUGUCUUCGGUUGUCUUCAUGCUGGAAAACGAGGAAGUCACAAUCUCUGCAGCACCCAAACAGCCCAUCUUUACAAUUCAAAGAAACCUGAAUCCAGAUAUAGGUCAUCCACCAGAUGACACCUACCAGGUGUAUUCUUACAACAACGUGACCGUCACAGCUGCAGAAGGACGCUAGACACCCAUCUCUUGAGCAGAGACACCAACAAGCAAGCAGAGGUCUGUUAUGUAGAAAAUUCACUUGUUAUGGAAUAAUUGAUGUGAUUUCUUUAUUUGAUUUGAUAUAGUUUUAGCUUAAUUAAAUCUGAUUGACAAUGUGACGAGGGAAAAGAUGGCUCUUUUAUCUCUUC